AGUCAAUGAAUUAGAGAAGUGAAGAGAUUUACUGCUGUUUGAAGUCUGAAGCGUUCGAGAAGAUGCUGGGUGCAUAACUGUAAAAAUGCGAAAGCGAUUUAGAAAUUAAACACGUUUAUUUGGGUUCCCAAGAAACGUGAAAAAAAACUAAUGCCAGUGAAUGGUUCACUACAGCAAGUGUGACUGCUACAUUUGCUGCCUAUAUUCAUGAUCCCUUGUUUGCAAAAACCGAAGUGACAUCCAUUAUAGCAAUGGGUGUAAUUAGUAAGAAUUUUUUAAUAGAAUAUAUGUAG